ACUUGGAGCCGUCUGAAGGCAUGGACUUUCUCCUCACUGCUAUCGACGGCAUGAGAGACUCCAGCGUCCAUGACGCAGUGACGGCCAGGAACAUGCUGCAUACGAUCCUGGAGGUUCCUGGCCUCCGCUGGUGGAGGAUGUCAGAGGCUGUGAGGAGCAUUUAUAACCACCUGGACUCCAUCAGCGAGCCACUUGCCCGGCAGGAGCUGCGCAGGGCCCUUCUCCUGCUGGGCUACCGGUUCAGCGAGGAGGUGGUCGGAACCCUGCUGGGCUGCUCACGGUCAUGUGACAGUGUUGCUGCGGAGAUGUGGAAGAUGCUGACAUCCCAGCCCAACACCUCAGAAAGAUCCUUGGGAGCUGGUCAGCAGGCUGCAGGAGCCGGCUCGGCGACGGCAUCAGCUCUCUGA